CCUUAUCAUCAUCAUGAUGGCUCGGUUGCUCAGUGGAUCUGAUUCGGUGACGAGAGUGACUGUGUUUGGGGUGCAAACGCCUCUUCAAAGCUCAAACACUGGCUGUGAGGUAGGAGCAAGCCUAGGACAAACCCCAGCCUGUGACGUUAUAUAGGGAUUCCUUAGCUUCGAUCUCAGCCCACUUGAACUCACCAAGUCCAGCUUCGUUCGAGAGGAGAACUGUUUACCUACCUAUCAUCCUGUCAGACCCCGAAGCCUCUAUCCUUCUCCAAUUCCAUCAAUCUUGAAGCACUCUCACCAUGGCCACCUCCGCCCGGUCCUGCGCGAGCUGUCAGCGUUCGCCCCCUGACGUCUCCCUCAAGCACUGCGCAAAGUGCUCGACGACGUUCUACUGCUCCCGUGAAUGCCAGAAAGCAGAUUGGAAAUCUCACAAACGGUCCUGCGGUACCAGCAGGCCCUCAUCGGCUUCCACCUCCACCACAGACCCAGGCAACAGCACCAGCACUGGCACCUCGGGAGGCAUGCGUUCUCCCAAAGCUCUAAGCCAGCCCAUCCGGCAACCCUUCACAAGGCUGGACAAUUCGACCUAUCUUCAUCCGCCCAUGCCGGAGCAGGACGUGUACACGUUACUCAUCGACGCCUACCGGCUACGGGUGACCGAUACACUCAACUUUGACGGGCCGGCCAAGCUGCGGGACGAGAUCUUUGGCGGGCUUUCCGGGGCCAGCCAAACGCCCCUGGCCGGCUUCCGCCGCUUUUUGGAGCUGGCUGCGGCCAGAGGCAGCCGCAGCGGCAACAGCAACGCCACCAUCCUGCCGCCGUGGUGGGACGAAUCCAAGCAAGAGGCGUAUUUAAGCCUCGCCCAGGGGCAGGGACAGCAGGCCGGUGGGAACGAUACCGAGCUGUGCGAGUGGCUUAACCUGUCCCGACGCGGGAAGGUGGACAAGGCAGCGGUCAUCGAGCGGUACGGGGACCCACAGUUUCCGAUGCAGUUGCGGAUGCUGGCCGAGGCGGUGUACCAGCGCGGGGUGAGCGGGAUGGCCGGGACUGCCAUGAGGAAGACGAUGGCUAGGAUGGAACAGGGUGGAACUGGGGAUAUGAGCGCCUCGCUCUUUUCUAUCACGCGCCCAAACGUUUAGGAGGUUGCUUGGAUUGAAGGAUGUUCGUAGAAUGAGAGCACAUUGUCGUCCUCUAAGGGCUCUAGCAUGCACAAGCUGCAAGAUUGACAGGGAGAUAUAUUAAGCCCCUAACGUUAUUUUGCUUGAUGAACCCGGGCCAACGAGUCCGGUAUUCGGAGUCCGUAGCCGGAAUACGGCCGGCCGGGUCAUUUGUGUGCCGUACAUUUACAGACAAUUGAAUAAGCAAG